AUGAAUAACACAGAAAACGCCACCGAAAAACAAGAUACCAUUGAUGGCACAGACAGCACUACUUCUGGCAAUGACAAUUCAAAAAAACCACCCAAUGAUACAAUAGAAGGAGUCCUAGAUUCCUCGGACGCUAUCACGGGUUUAACCCAAUCAACAAUAACAAUAGUUUCGGAUACUGUUGCUUCUCUUGGGUCAACAAUUGAGUUACCUUUUACUAAAUUUUUUCCAUUGAUUGGAGAUGUAGCUAGUAUUUUUAGAGAGCUGGUGGAUAUUUAUCAAACUGCUGAGCAUAACAAACGUAUCUGUGGUGUUUUGUUGGAUAGGGUCGGUGCCGCAGAAGCUGCUGUUCGAAACCUAGAUAUUCGGAGGGAUGACAAUAGACAAUUCUUUACUGAGAGAAAUUAUAUAAUAUUUCGAAAAUUUAUUGGUGUAAUUAAACGAAUAAAAAAUUUUGCCAAUGAAAUUUCACAAAUUACUGGGCUUCGGAAAUAUCUUCAGGCAAAAUCAAUUAGUCAGACUUUUAAUGAAUUAACGACUGACUUUGAUGGAUAUAUGAGGUCGUUAAGCUUUUCGAUUACUAUUGAAAAUCAAAUUCAGGCAGAAAAGGACAGACAAGUUUUGAAAGAAGAUACUGAAGCUUUGAAACAGUUCUUGGAUAAAAUCGAUGGUGGUAUUACAGAUAUGGAUCACAAAAUUAAUAUAGUAAUAGAAGAAGUUUAUGCGCUAAAAAGUACUUUUGAGAGACAACAGAAGGCUCAUCAUGAUCAAUGCCCAAUUACUGAAAUAGUCGCUGACGAACUUCUAAAAGCCGAAGACUAUUUCCCUCCAGAAACAGUCCGUGGAAAAGUAGUAAAGCGAACUCGAAGAGCUGAUAUGGUUAAACUAGCCUUUAAAGAAGUAUCAGUCCAACGACUUCCUCAUGACAUGCGUGACAACAUACAUGCACAAGUGACUAUUCUUAAGCGCAUAAGAGACUCCCAAGAAAUAACCAGAUUCUUUGGCCUUGCCAAAGAAAACGACCUGCUAUAUUUAGUAACUGAAUGGGCAGAAUUUGGAAAUUUAAAAGAAUAUUAUACAAAAUAUCAAGUUGAUUUGGAUUUGAAAUUAAAUUUUGCUCUUGAAGUGUCUCGUGGCUUGAAUUUUUUAGCAUCUGUGCAGAUAUUACAUCAUGAUAUAAGAUCUGAUAAUGUUCUAAUAACUGUGGACAAACAUGCAAAGAUUGCAAAUUUCGGGUUAAGUAGGGGAUUUACUGAUGCUACUAGAAAUAUUAAAGCUGGUAUUCAGAAUGUUCGAUAUAUGGCCCCCGAGAAAUUUCUCGAUCCUAAUUACAAAUAUGAUAUUAAAUGUGAGGUAUACAGCUUUGGUAUGCUUCUUUGGGAGAUUGCUGAACUAAGAAUUCCAUAUAAAGACGAAACAGACAUUUUAGUGAUUCGCGAUUUAGUUGCUAAAAACCAUUAUCGUGAAAGUUUUUCUCACGGUGGAGUACCCAAAGAAUGGAAAGAUCUUGUAAAAGCCGCGUGGAAUCAGGACCCAAAAUUCCGACCAGCCUUUACCGAAAUGUUUUUAGUUCUUCAAAAAUUACGUGAAAAAAAUAGUCCACCAAGAUGCUCACCUUCCCUAAGCCCGGACGAUUCCAUUGAUGAUGAGUUCAAUGACCAAGCAAUCCCCAUUAAUUUUGCCGAAUUCGGUGAUAUAUCCGUAGAAGAAGCAAUAAAGGAAUACCGUAGUAAGAAUGGCAAUAAGCAAAAUGCUUGGAAGUGCUUCGAGGCACAUGCGAAUGCUGGUGACAUCACUGCUAAAUAUUGGAAAGCCUAUUUCCUUUAUUAUAACAUUUUAAAUUGGCCAGAGUCCACACGUAAAGAACGAUUUGAAGAGGCUGCAAAGCUUUUUAAAGAAGCAGCUGACGGGGAUAUGGAAGAGGCACAAUUGAGAUAUGGAAAUUGUUUGUUUAAAGGAGAGGGUACACCAAAGGAUAUGGCUAAGGCUGCAGAAUAUUUUAAGAAAGCGGCCGAUAAUGGAAAUCUAACCGCUAUGUACAAUAUUGGAAAUAUUUAUUAUCAUGGAUAUGGAGUAAAGAGAGAUCUUGUAGAAGGCGAAAGAUUUUUAAAAUUGGCUGCUUAUCGUCAACAAGCUCUAGCUGUGAAAAUGUGUAAACAAAAGAAUAUUGUAUUAUAG